AUGCGGUCAUCUCGAACGGGCGUGGUUGUUAACGAGAAAGGCGAACAUGUUAUUCCUGCCAGCCGUCGCCCUGAUGGCACUUGGCGAAAGGAGAUAAAAGUCAGAGCAGGAUAUAUUCCUCAAGAUGAAAUGCCAACUUAUAAGCCUAAAGCUGUAGAAGAAAUGAAUAGAAAGAAGGAAAUGUACGUAAUCCCUGGUCUAUCUAAAGAAGACGCUGAAGCAAUUACAAACCAGCGAAAGAAAGCUGGUUCCGUGGGUCUCCUUGUAAAUGCUUCUCAGCAAAUCGCUUCAAAAAAGAAGAAAUCGAAGGGGAACCCGACGCAUAAAUCUGAAACGAAGAAUCAAACAAAAUCUCAGAAUAAGGCUAGUGAGCCUGCUAAAAAAACGCCUACUGUGGCCGUGAAUCCCAAGGCCGAUAUUAAAAAGCCUGUUGAAAGUGGUGAGGGCGUGACAAGAGAUGCCGAAGCCGAAAUACAGCACCAGCUUAAAGUUGAACGGAAGAGACUUCGUCAAAUUCAUGAAUUGAUGGAGAAGGCAGCAGCUGGUCAAGCUUUGAAUCCUGAUCAGAAGGCAAAAAUGGCUCGUAAAGCAGAAAUCGAAGCUCUAAUUGCUCAAUUGGAAACCUGUACGAUAUAG